AUGCUCCUCGAGCUGAUUCUUCUUGCAGUCUUGGAGAUGUGGCCGAGGUUAGGGCGUUCCCAUGUGGAUUGCGGAGUAGCGAUUGAGAAAGUGGUCGAUCUAGUGUCUUUGGUUCUUGAUGGACGCCAACAUCUUGGCGUACAACUGUGUGCUAACAAACCGUGCGUACUUAUGGCUACUUACAAAGAAGGUGGUGAUGGCAGGAAGAUGAGGAAAAAAGAUGCCUUGGGUGAAGCUGAAGAGAAAUUGGCGGCACUUUCAUUGGAACCUGACCGCCCUAUAAUGGCACCGAGUACUGCGGCUGGAACAUUUGGAACACCGUUUAAUGUGCAAACGAAUGUCUUCGGUGUGAAACUGGAAGAUACUAUUUCUAUCUGGAGAUAUGAUGUCGCAGUUUUCGCCGAAAUCAAAGGAAAGAGAGCAGUAUUCUUCACAAAGAAAAGUCGUGAGGAGUACGUUUCGUUUGUAUUUAAAUCUAUUUCGACAGCUUGA